CCCCCUCGCGGCCCCUCCCAAAGCUUUGAAAUCCCAUCCCGGCUUUGUUGUCUCCCCCGGAGGGGCCGAGCGCUCGCAGCCGCCGUAUAAAGGCGGCGAGGUGGCGGUGGCGGCGCAGAGCUCCGUGCGCCCCGCAGCCCGGACCGGGGACCGCUGGAGGCUCCCGGAGCCCUGACUGGCCGCCGCGCGCCCCAGGCACGGCCUGCUGGGGACCGGGCUCGCAGAGCCACAGCCUCCUUCCUCUCUCCCUCUCGGUCUCCCCGUCUCCCUCGAGCUCUGAGAUGAAGGUCCUGGGCGCAGUGGGGGCGGCUCGGGUCUUGGUCGCCCUGGUGGCAGCGGCUCUUUGCGGCCACCCUCCGCGGGCAGCGAGCGCCACCUUGAACUCGGUUCUCAAUUCCAACGCCAUCAAGAACCUGCCCCCGCCGCUGGGCGGCGCCUCCGGGCACCCAGGCUCCGCGGUCAGCGUGGCCCCGGGAGUGCUGUACGACGGCGCGAACAAGUACCAGACCAUUGACCACUACCAGCCCUACCCGUGCGCGGAGGACGAGGAGUGCGGCGCCGACGAACCACCACCUCCUGCUUCCUCAGGAAUAUGCAUGCCUUCUGAUCACAAUCAUUUCCACCGAGGGGAAAUCGAGGAAACCGUUAUUGAAAGCUUCGGUAAUGAUCACAGCACCCUGGAUGGGUACUCGAGAAGAACGACACUGUCUUCAAAAAUGUAUCAUACCAAAGGACAAGAAGGUUCUGUCUGUCUCCGGUCAUCAGAUUGUGCUACAGGGUUGUGCUGUGCUAGACACUUCUGGUCCAAGAUCUGUAAACCUGUCCUCAAAGAAGGUCAAGUGUGCACCAAGCACAGGAGAAAAGGCUCCCAUGGGCUGGAGAUAUUCCAGCGUUGUUACUGCGGGGAAGGUCUGUCUUGCCGGAUACAGAAAGAUCACCAUCAAGCCAGUAAUUCUUCUAGGCUUCACACCUGUCAGAGACACUAAGCCAGCUGUCCAAACACAGUGGACUCCUUUAUAUAAUAUAUGCUAUGAGAACCUUUUGUGACUUUUGCCAGCUCAAUCCUUAAGGAUGUACAAAGUCUGUGGUUACAGUUAAGCAUUCCAAUAAUACCUUCUGAAAAUCGGAGUGUAAGAGCUUUGUUUCUUUAUGGAACUCUCCUGUCAAUGGUUGCAGUAAAUUACUGUGUUGUAAAUUCUCAGUGUGGCACUUAACCUGUAAAUGCAACAAAACUUUUAAUUAUUUUUUUCUAAAGGUGCUGCAUUGUCUAUUGUUCAUCUUGUUAUGUAAAUUUUUGUACACGCUGAUUGUUAUCUUGACUCUGAUAAAUAUUCUAUGUUAGAUUGUAAUAAAUAAUUUUAGCUUAUACUUUCUAAAUGCCUAACCCUUUCCCCUUUUAAUUCUAGAAUAUAGAAUGCAAGGAACUUUUGGAAUGACAAAUGAUAGAUAUCUAAAAUUUAUCAUGAAAAUACUAGCUUAUUUUCUGAAAUGUACUAUCUCAGUGCUUAGAUUACGUAUAUAUCUCUCUCUAGGCUGCAGUCGUCCUUGAAAUAAAAUUUUACAUUUAAUACCA